AUGGGUCAGAAACGACGUCGCUUGGCUCUGUCCUGUGUUGCUUGCCGUCGGCGCAAGGUCAAGUGUGACCGGACUUUCCCUACCUGCGUCCGAUGUCAGAAAGGAAGCAUUAAUUGUGACUAUGUCACCUAUACCUCACAGCAGAACACCGCCUUCCCAACUCCAUCGGAAGAAAGCCCACAACUUGAGAGAACUGGGUCAGUCGACUCUUGGGCCGAGGAAGCGAAUGAAUGGCAUGAACGUUCAAGGCAGCAUGAGAAUCCCCGGCCACAGGAAGACAAGUCCGUCCCCCCGGCUCCGGCACCUGUUUCUCGACCACCCACCAGGACUUUGCAAGAACUCCAGGAAAGGAUCUCCAGCAUCGAAACCUAUGUGAAGGUAGCAGGCUCACGGCCUGUGUCUUCCGAAACCCAUCUUCGUACAAGACGCGUAGGUGCUCACGAAGAUUCACCGGAUAAGGACGCACCGCAGAAUCACGAUCGGGCCCUGCUUCGGGGUAAGGGCUUCAAGACGCAAUACUUCGGCCCAAGCCAUGCCGCCAGCCUCCUUCUGCAGUUUGAAGAACUGUCUUUCUUCACCAAGGAUAUCCUCCAACGUCUGCCCACCUUUAAAAAGACAAGGGAGAUCUUCAAGCGUCAUCGGCGAGAGACCAGGCAGGCUUUUGUGUUGCCAGACUCUGAGACCCUAGUAUCGUUGAUCCCAGAUCGGCCCAGCACCGAUGCUCGUGUACAGGAAUACUUUGAGACUAUGGAGACGACAUAUCGUGUCCUCCACGCACCAACUUUCUUUCAAAAAUACAAAGGGUUCUGGGCGUCCUCCAGUGACACCUCAUCCGAUUUCUUGGUUCAGCUGCUCCUUGUGUGCGCGUGUGUCAACUGCAUCGUGCCUGAUGGUCCAACCGGAUUUUUCGGCACUAAUUCGGUCAGGCGCGGCACUGCGAUCAAAUGGAUCGAAGUCUGCGAGACCUGGCUCGAUUUGCAAAGCCAGAAGCACAUGACGCUCGAGAUAUAUCAGGUUCAGGUGCUGCUCGUCAUUGCCAAAAAAUUCAAUUGCGUUAAAGUGAAACGCGAGUGGACUGUGGCUGGUCAUUUGCUACGACUGGCCAUGUCUAACGGACUGCAUCGAGAACCAUCGUACCUGAGCACAUCGAUCUCGGUCUUCGACCAGGAAAUGCGCCGAAGGUUAUGGUUUACGAUUCUUGAACUGGAGGUGCAAGCUAGUCUCGAUCGUGGGAUGGGAGCAAGCCUGGGUCCUUUCGACUGGGAUUGUCUGGCACCUUUGAACAUCCACGAUGAGGAUUUUGACCAAAACACGGAGAAGAUGCCUGAUCCUCGACCGGUCACAACUUUCACUCGCACCUCAUUCCUUUGCCUUGCUCAACAGCACUUGCCUCUGCGGUUGGAAAUCUUGUCCAAGAUCAACAGUAUUCGGGCCCCUCUUGAUACCGACUCCGUCAUCGAGCUCGAUCAGAGACUACGGCAGAUACUCGACGCUCUGCCUCGAUGGACCGACCCUGCGGCAAAGGCGAUGUCGUGCGAUCUGUCGGAAUUACUACUCUAUGAACUCCUUCUCCUGAUCCACCAGCCAUUUGCAGCACAAGCCAAAGGACAGACGCGACACUUUUACUCACGGGUUGCCUGUCGCGGUGCAGCAUUGACAACUCUAAAGAAGUACAAGGACAUGCGCCCUACCAGUACCCUGACCUUUAGUGGCCUCCGCAGCGACCUGUUGCGGGCGAGUCUCGCGCUCUGCCAUGACAUCGUCCUCUGCACGGCAUCAACCGAAGAUCUCAUGCAAGACAAAAACAUGCCGGUGACUUUGAUCGAACAGGCUGUUGAUAUCAUGGAGGUUCGCCUCCGACGUCUGGGACAAGGGUUCCAUGCAUUUUGGCUUACCUGCAGUGCACUAGCAUUGAUUCAAGCCAAGAUGUGGCCGGCGAAACCAGCAGAAGAGCGUGCACAGGAGACUGCCGACCGGGUGGUCAAACUUCACGACUAUAUGAUGGAACAGCAGACGCCUCCAACCCCGCUGGCUUCCGGCAGCGGCCUCGAGGAUGCAGCAAUGAGCACUGCAAGUACCCUCAUGGGGUUGAGUGGUCAGCCCGUUCCUGCACAAGUCGUGCCUGAGCUUGAUCCCUUUGCACCAAUGGCGGGGCAUUUCAAUGUCUUCUCAGAUACCUUGUUUGAUUUUGACAUGCCCGAUAUCUGGGGGAUGGGGGGUAAUGCCCAGCUCCAAUGA